UUUCACCGUUUCAUUGACGUGAAGUUAGCGUGUUACCGUUUGACACGAGCGAGUUGCGAGCUUUGCGCGAACCUUGUGUUGAUAACCUUUAUUUUUCUGCAUGCACCGCGUGAUUGUUGUAAUAUAGAAGUAUUUAAAGGAUAAAGUAGUGUUUUAAUAAAAUAUUAACAUGGGAAAAGUACGCUCAGCAACGGGUGCCCCCCGUAAACAAGGGUUCAAUAAAGGUGCACACUCAAUGAAUCCGGAUAGACCUGUAGAAGGAUUAAAAGGAGUUGCCAAGCCCAGAACCAAAGGAACAAUCAAAAGGCUGCAGAUGUACAGAAACUUCAAAGCAAAGAGAGACAAAACUGGUAAAAUUCUAACCCCAGCUCCAUUUCAAGGUUGGCUACCGUCAGGCACUCAGGCUCGUGUCGAGCCAAACCAAAAGUGGUUCGGCAACUCUCGAGUUAUUUCACAAAAUGCACUACAGAAAUUUCAAGAUGAAUUUGGAGCUGCAGUAAAGAAUCCUUACCAAGUUAUUAUGAGACCUACAAAUCUACCAAUUACAUUGCUUAAUGAGAAGGCUAAGAAUGCCAGAGUGCAUUUAUUAGAUACGGAGGGAUUUGACAAAACAUUUGGACCAAAAAAACAAAGGAAACGAGUCAAUCUGAAGUUCAAUGACCUAAGUACCAUGUCAAAAGCUAUAGAAGAUAAUACUGAGAAUUAUGAUGAAAGUAAAGAUGUGGACAGAGUUCGUGAAGACACUGGUGUCAAAGAAGGGAAGAGAGACUGGGUGUUUGGUGCUGGUAUGAGUAGAAGAAUUUGGAAUGAGUUGUACAAAGUUGUUGAUUCCUCUGAUGUUCUUCUGCAAGUUUUGGAUGCCCGAGACCCAAUGGGCACAAGAUGUCCUCAUGUAGAGAAGUUUUUGAGAGAAGAAAAGAAACACAAACACCUUAUAUUUAUUCUUAACAAAGUUGAUUUAGUACCUAAUUGGGUAACACAGAGAUGGGUUGCCAUUCUUAGUGCCGAGUACCCCACAAUAGCUUUCCAUGCUUCUCUGACACAUCCAUUUGGUAAAGGGUCACUCAUCAAUCUUUUGCGUCAAUUUGCAAAGUUGCAUAUUGAUAAGAAACAAAUUAGUGUUGGUUUAAUUGGAUACCCCAAUGUGGGUAAGUCAUCUGUUAUCAAUACUCUACGAUCCAAAAAGGUAUGUAAGGUUGCCCCUAUUGCUGGUGAAACAAAAGUAUGGCAAUAUAUUACACUAAUGAGAAGAAUAUUUUUGAUUGAUUGCCCUGGUGUUGUAUACCCAUCUGCUGAAACUGACACUGAAAAAGUAUUGAAGGGAGUGGUCAGAGUUGAAUUAGUUCAAAACCCAGAAGAUUACAUAGAGGAAGUUAUCAAGAGAGUGCGUAAGGAAUAUUUAGUCAAAACCUACAAAGUAGAUGCUUGGGAUACGGCUACUGAAUUCUUAGAAAAGUUAGCGGCACGCACAGGAAAGUUAUUAAAGAAAGGUGAGCCUGAUGUCAGUCAAGUGGCUAGAAUGGUGCUUAAUGAUUGGCAGAGGGGAAAGUUGCCAUUUUAUGUGGCACCAGAAGGCUUCGAAAUUCCAUUGUCAAAACAACAAGAAGAACCAGCUAAAGAUAAAGAGACUAAAACUACAAAGGAAGACACAGAAGAUGAUGCAAACUUGGAAGCUGAAAAUGACACUGAUAAUGUCCCUGAAAAGCCUAUUCUUAUCAAUAAACUCAUUGUUGCUCAAGAUUUUGCUAAAAUUCGAGUGGGACUGAAAUUUGACAAUGAUGAUGAUGUGAAACCUCUAGACAAAGUUGACAUACCUGAAGAACUUAAAGGAAUUGAUGAUGACGAGAAUGAAGAAAAUGAUGAAUCAACAAAUGUGGAUAAUGAAAAUGAUGACCCAGAUUCUUCAGACAUCAGUGACAUAUACAGUGAUAUUGAUGAUAAUCAAUGUAGUGAUGUAGAAGAUCAUUUAACAAAUGACCCAGAAACCAUUAAAGAACUAAAACGCAAGAAACUAGAGGCAGCAAGUGGAGCAUUCACUGUUGAAGAAAUUGGAAAUAAACGAAAGGCAGGCAAUGAGACUGGUUCCAAGAAAAUGACAGCAAAGAAGAGGAGGGCAAUAGAGAGAGCCCAAAAGCGAACGAAAACAGGAAGUAACUUCUAUGAGGUGUCUAAUAUGUCGUCAGGCAGUGAAAGCGAUGAAGAUUACGUACCUGGAGAACCAGAGAAACUAUCCGAAGAAGAAUCCGCAGAUGAAGCCACUGAUCAACAAUACGAGAAUGAAUUAGAACAAAAAGUAAAGAAACGGAAAAUAGUCAAAGAAAGUAAAGGUAAAAAGAAACGUAAAACGAAAAACGAUAUUAAAGAACAAGAAGUAGAAUCUCCACAAAAAGAUGAAGAGGUUAGCGAAGAAGUAUUAAACCCUGAAGAGGAAAAGAAAAAAGAAGAUGAUUUAUGGGCGAAGUUUCUAGAAGGAACUGAUAGUAAGCCGAAGCCAGCCACAGUAUCCAGUGCUACAACGAGCACCGUAGUAAAUAAGGAACCAAUUAAAAAGGACGAACCUAAAAAGAAUGAUGAUCAAGCUAGAGAAAAAAGAAUUUUCGAAUUCGCUGGUGAAACGAUUGUUGUCGAAAAUAAUAAAAUAAAGGAAAAGAUCAAAACCGCUGAUAGUCCUUUGACAACCAGUGCUGUAGAUGGUCCGUCCCGUGGCCGACCUGGUUUAGGAGGUGGACUCUCCGGAGUAUUGGGCCAGCUCAACAAAAAGAACAAACUAUCGACAUUGGAGAAGUCUAAACUUGACUGGUCUACCUACAAGCAAGACGAAGGCAUCGAUGAAGAGAUACAGAGUCACAAUAAAGGGAGAAAUGGUUAUUUGGAUCGUCGCGAUUUCUUAGAACGCGCUGACGUCAGACAGUACGAGAUUGAACGAGAAAUGAGAAUGAACCGUCGCAGCAACCGAUAAAGUCUUAGAACAAUUAUAAUUGUUAAUUGUAAGCCAUAAUAUUCUUUGACGUAAUAAAACAAUAGGUACUUUAA